AUGUUCACUGCAAUACCAGAUGCAGACAUUUCCAUUAGCUUGUCUGGAAAUGGAACGAUUGCCACAGUGAGCGCCAGAAAUCUAAUUUCACAAAAUUUAUAUUAUUGGAACAUUCAACAAGGAAACAUUCGAUGUGAACUCGUAGUGACUGAUCAUAUCACAAGAAAGGCGGAUUUUGGCUUGAAUGGUCCCAAAUCAUUUCGACCUAUUUUUUAUUUUGAAUUUUGGAGAAGUAUCAAUCGAUUAAGAGUGAGAGCUGUUUUGGAAAAUUCAAAUUUAGACACUUUACAAGAUGUCAUGUAUAACGUGACCAUUUCGAAAGGAUAUUCAUCACCCUCGUUGGUUUAUUCUCAAAAUAAUGUUCAACAUUUAUUUGGUGCAAGAUGGACAAGAAUAUUUUGGUUUGGAGGUCAAGAUCCUGAACCUCGUGUGAAUUUCAAUUACAAUCUUGACUACUUGAGUGCCACUUUUUUCAUUCCAAACUAUCCUCGGAAUAAUACUCAAAAGGAAAGUCAAAUUCAAAAUUAUUACUAUUAUUGGACUCAAAAACCAAAAGGUGUCAUGGAAGCUGGAUAUUGGACUCCUUACAUGCCUACUACAGGCAUGAGAGAUGAUAUUGGCAUAAUGCCUGAAUUUGUUCAUGCCUGGUUGACUUUGGGAGAUUGGCGUUAUCGUGAAAUUUCACUUGUGAGUGCAGAUUUAGCAGGUGGAUGGAAAUGCCAUUUUCGUGAAGUGGAUCCUCAGCUCUAUUUCGACCGAAAUCAAACAGUUCCAGCCAUUGGUAAACCAAUAUCACUGAAUGCACAUCCAAGUUUGUGGUUUCCAGAUAACGCUGGAAAAUAUUAUGGGGCACUUAAUGUACCUCAAUUACCAAAUGCAAAGAAUUGGGUCUUUGAUGGUGCCCAUCAGCCAGACCCUUUCUCCAUUCCUUAUAUUUUGACAGGAGACUCGUAUUAUUUAGAAUCCUUGCAAUUAUGGGCUGCAAGUGGAGUCAUGAGACUCAAUAAUGGUCAAUAUGGAAGAGGAAUGACAGGUUAUGGAGGAAUUAAUGAUCAAGUGAGAGGACAAGCUUGGACAUUCCGUACACGUUGUUUUGCUGCCUUGUUAUCUCCUGACAACUCUCAACCAUGA